CCGCAUACCCGACAAUUGAUGUCUGUCUCAUCUGUCUCUCCUUCUAUGUAUCGUUGCCUCUGUAGUGCGCCAAACCGCAUCGUCUUCACCCGGGUCUGAAAGAAGGCUGAUAUGAGCUUGCUUGCCCGCCGUGGCAGUGCGGCAGGUGGGCUUCGUGCGGCGCCGCCGUCGUCGUCGUCGUCGCUCCUCUCCACGCUGUCGAUGCGUCCGUUGCGGUGCAGGGCUGGGCGGUGGAGGCAUAUUCGACCCCUACUCUGGACUUCGCCGCUCUUCGUGCUGUCAUUGUUUCUUACUUCUCGUCCACACCAAUUAAUUCCCAACCAAUCAUGUCGACCACCGUCACCGUUACCAACAUCUCUGCCAACACGGCAAAGAAGUCCAUCGAGGACUUCUUCAGCUUCUGCGGCUCUGUCAACAGCAUCGACGUCUCACCCGAUGGCGACAAGCAAAAAGCAACCAUUACCUUCGCCAAGGAGUCCGCGGCCAGCACUGCCGCCAUGCUGCACGGCGGGUCUCUUGACGGCUCUCCCCUCACCGUUCACGCCCCCGGCGCAGCAUCCGCUACUGCUCCCUCGGCCACUGCAGCAGGGACGGCCGCUCCUGGGUCCACUACUCCCACCAAUUCGAUGGGACAGGAAGACAAGCCCCGCACCGCCAUUGUGGCCGAGAUCCUCGCUCAUGGAUACCACGUCUCCGACGAGGUGACCUCACGCGCAAUCGCACUCGACAACCAGCAUGGUCUGUCUGAGCGCUUCAAGUCUUACCUCUCCACACUGGACCGUCAAUUGGGCGAGCGAGUGGUCAAGGGCUCGUCCAAGGAGCCCACUACAACCAAGACUGAAGGUACGCCCUCUGGCCCAGCUGCUGCCAGCUCCGCAGCAGAGAAGGACGCGACUGCCACGCCUCUGCCUGGCACUACCGCUGGGCAAGAGGACAAGUUCACCACCACUGUCCCCGCACCAGACUCUGCAGGGGAAGCAGCUGCCACAGCGGGCACGGCUCAGCAGCCCUCGCUCAUCCGCCACGUCCAAGCCCAAGUGCAGAGCCAGCUUGACCGCCCCGAGGUCAAGAGUCGCACCGACUUUGUCUGGGCGAAGAUGACCGACUACUACAACUCUUUGAUGAACCAGCCGCGUAUCCAUGAUCUGUACACCAAGACAACGAAGAGCGUCAGUGAUGUGCACGAGGAGGCAAAGAGGAUCGCGGACGAGAGGAAGAGAGGGGGAGCGUCCGGAGCUGCUGGGACCAAUGCGCCUGUCACGACGGCUGCCAAGUGAGCAAAAACGAUACCACAGGGAGGUGCGGGAGCGUGGAAGGGGAAGAGAAUGAUGAGUAGCGGGGAGAAUCAAGUUGAACGUCAAAAUUGCUCCUUCUGUGGCGAUAAAGCAAUCUAAGCAUCAUCACCAUCAUCAUCUGAAUGGGAGUGCAAGUCUGUGAUGUGGAUUGCAGCACAAGCAGCGGAUAGUGCCCACCCCUUUUGUUUGAUGUUGUCAUCUCAUCUACUCGGCGCUCACGAAUGGGUUGGCAAUCUGCUCAAACCCAUCCGCCGGACUGAUAAUAGUCAACGCCGUGCCCCUCAGUACUGCCAGACCCAAUUGACGCGUCUUCCUCUCUCCUCCAGCUGUUGAUGAGUCCUCGUCGACUGGAGCGAGGUACUCAGUCACGUCGUC